GUUUAAAAAAAGAAUCCUACUAUUGUGCGUUGCUCUUUGAAAAUAUAUGCAAAGGACAAACAAUGCCACCAGAUCAUAAAACACCUAGGAUAUCAAACGAGGUGGUUGUUUCCUAGAUUUCUUUUUCUGUUUGGUUAUUAUGGUUUUCUCUCGGGCUUCCGUGGAUUAAAAACGACUGGGCUAUAGGUUUACUUUAUGCAUUUACAAGUGCGAAACCAUUUCUUAUUCCUAGUAUCGAAAAUUCGACUUUACGGGGAGCACCUGAAAGCCACACAGCAGCGGAUGUAGCAGCAGCAGUAGCAGUCUACAGUACAUCGGCAACAAUGUAGCGCUGAGAGCUAAAAUAUCCCCCCCCCUCCCCAACGAGACGUCAUGAAGAAAUAGUGUUUUAAAAUGCGUUUGCAGAGAUAACUGGACGCUCGGACGGAAAUUACGAGGCGAGGGAGUGGACGGCUGUGAAAUAGAGGCACUAUCUGCCCUCGCCCUGGACGUUGGGACGUCGGGCUACUCCUCCGCUUUAUUAGCCUACCGUGGCGUUUUAUCAGCCUUUUAAAUGACCGAACUUCACCGGCUCAGCGCAGCCUGCUGUGGACUCGGGGGAAGGGCGUGUAGCGCCAACGGAUACCGGGGUUUGUAGUCUGGCUCUCCGCCUUACCGCUCUGUUGUUCUCCCUCUAUUUCUGUCUGUCUCUUGUCUCUCUCGUAGUAGCGUUAUCAGCACGGCCAGGAGAAGGCUGGAGAUACAGCUGAGGGGUGGGUGGGUGGGGGGGGGGGGUUGGACUAUAACCGAAACCUGUUCACACCAUGGGGAAUACAACCUCUUGCUGCGUGUCUUCGAGCCCCAAACACAGGAGGAACAACCACUCCAGGCUCGAGCCCUACCGGCCUGAGCCGGAGCUCAGCCGGGAGGACACGGGCUGCAACCUCCAGCACAUCAGCGACAGAGAAAAUCUAGACGAUCUGCCCAUGGAGUACAAUCCCUCAGAUCAUCCCCGGGCCAGCACCAUCUUUCUCAGCAAGUCACAGACGGACGUUCGAGAAAAACGCAAGAGCCUUUACAUCAACCAUCAUCAUCCAGGCGCAGUGAGACGGAAGUACAGCUCAUGCUCCACCAUAUUCCUUGACGACAGUACCGUCAGUCAGCCCAACCUCAAAUACACCAUCAAAUGCGUAGCCCUCGCAAUAUACUACCACAUAAAAAACAGGGAAGUCAACGGAAGAAUGCUGGUCGACAUUUUCAAUGAGAAACUGCACCCGCUCUCGAAGUCUGAAAUUCCUCCUGAUUACGAAAAACACGACCCUGAGCAGAAGCAGAUCUACCGCUUCGUCAGGACGCUGUUCAGCGCCGCACAGCUCACCGCUGAGUGUGCCAUUGUCACCUUGGUGUAUUUGGAGAGGCUCCUGACCUACGCCGAGAUCGACAUCUGCCCUGCCAACUGGAAGCGCAUCGUGCUCGGAGCCAUCCUUCUGGCAUCCAAGGUGUGGGACGACCAGGCGGUCUGGAACGUCGACUACUGCCAAAUUCUCAAGGAUAUCACCGUGGAGGACAUGAAUGAGCUGGAGCGUCAGUUUCUGGAGCUGUUGCAGUUCAACAUCAACGUGCCGUCCAGUGUCUACGCCAAGUAUUACUUUGACCUGCGCUCCCUGGCUGAGGCCAACAACCUCAGCUUGCCCCUGGAACCCCUCAGCAGGGAGAAGGCCCAGAAACUAGAGGCCAUCUCGCGGUUGUGUGACGACAUAUACAAGGGCUUGAGGAAACAAAUGAAGAAGCGCUCAAUGAGCGCCGAGAACCUGACGGCGGCGCGGUGGUGUCCAGCCAUCAUUUCCUAACACUGGUCGUCCGCAGCACGGAGACAGACCUGUCAGACAUACUGUACUGUGUUUUCAAACCAGGCGGGCAGCGGCCCUGUGGAUCAGUACACACACACACACACACACACACACACACACACACACACACACACACACCCCUCUGGUUGUUGUACAUAAAAGAAGUUCCACUUGCCGCCUGCACUGAACCAAACAGAGCUCAGCUGAACCAAACUGAAGUGCGUGAGUGAAAGUUGUUGGAAUGAAGACCUCAACUGCAGAAGAAAAGACCAAACACAGCUGGCAAUAUAUAUAUAUAUAUAUAUAUACACAUACACACACACACUACAUAUAUUGAGGCUCCACUCGCUCGUGCGUUUGAUUGAGGGAGGUCGUGUACAUUCCUGUUCGUUUUAAUCUUCUGGUUCAGUCACUUUCUGAGCUGACGCAUGGGAAGAAUUUAGUUUUUUUGACAGGCACAUUUGGAAAUUUAGUUUCAGCGUUUUCUUGGUGUUCACCCUCUUUUUGCAUCCCCGAUCCAGCACGGACCUCUGCCAGCGGAUCCGAGAGUACACAAAAGGACAAGACAUGUAUAUUCCUCUGUCCGCUUCGGCGUAUACAUUCGGCUGGACUGCAUAUCAUCGUACUCUUUUACAUCGUAGCCGUCGCAUUGAAGUUCUCAUUCAGAGAGCGAACGCUGAAGAAGGCGGGUCGGUGUUUCGCUCUGACGGGACCAGGAAAUUCAACUUGUACCAUCACAGCAAGGCCAUCCAGCCAACAUCCACAGCGAUUCACUGCAAGCAAUAUUCAUGUAUUGCUCGGUUGUUGCGAUUAAAUAGGAUGAAGCAUGCAUACUCGGGAGGACAGCGGCCCAGUACUCUGUCAGACAUGAGACAUACUGGAGAGCUUGUGUUGUACUUAAUUCACUGCCAUCGUCCUGACCUGUGGUGCCUGUAAUAAGCUAGUUUAACACUUCUCCCCUUUCUACUGGAGGAAUAGAACAAAUAACUGAAGUAUUUUUUUUCCUCUCCUUUCUUUAACGUUUUGUACGGUUCUUCCAGCUUACAAUGAAACAGCACAAAGUGGAAUAUCAACAUGUAGGAGCCACUAAACGCAUGAUUUCUUUUCAGGGUUCUCGAGAGAGGAACCCAAAAUGACAGAAGAAGAAAAAAAAGCAUUAAGUGACGAUUCAAACACUGCUUACAAAAAGUUAGAUUGUAUACGUCAUGCCACGUUGUCUCUGUACAGUGUAAAUACAGCGCCGGUGUAGACUGACAUUGUUAGAAAAAAAAGAAAAACAGAAUGAUGAUAGAAUACGUCUAUUGAAUCAGUUUAUACUGUACACGAGGGGGAUGGUAAAUGUCGGAUGUUCCUAUGACAAAUCAAGUAAAGAUAAAGUAUUACGAUUUUUAACGGGAGACACCACUUAAGAUGUUUUUGUGUUGUUUUCUUGUUAUGAUUUAGUUUUUUCACAUCAGAAGAUGCCACGUUUUACACGUUACAUGCUGUAUAUGGUAACUUAAUGAUUACGAAGACAAUUCAGGCUUAUUUUAUUCUAAGAUUUCUUUUCUUACCCCAUUUUGAAGGCAUUGCCAGAUUCAUGUGUUCAUAAUGGUGCUUGUUUGUUGUGGAGUCCCGUAAAAGAAGAAUGUCGCAAUCAGGCACGUCAAAAACACAAUAUGACUGAAUACAUCAAUAAAUAUAAUUCAGUUAUUUAAAUGCAGUGUAAAAAUGAGCUAUAUAGUUUUAGAGUUUUCCUUCAACCUCCAUCAGUUUUUUUCCCCUCAAUCAGUGAAACGUAAUUUAUUUUUCCGUCUCCAUCUUUCUCUUCUGUAGCUCAUUACAUUUGUUGGUCUUGGCACACAUUAAAUCAUUUAUUUUCCCCGUUUCCGCGAAGCAAGAUUUCCUGUUCAAUUUGACAGUUUUGAUUAUUUAUUCAUGUAUUCAGUUAUAACGUUGACUUUUCCGAUAACCUUAUUUUGAAUGUGUAUCAGGGUUGGGGGUCCACGGCGUCUGGCAUUUGCUGGAACCUUUUGGGUUUUUUUUCUAUGAAGACAUCUCUUCCUGAUUUGCCAUUUUCUUGAUAUUUCUUAAAAUCAGAAACAGGAAGAUGUACUGGGAUGUAGUAGAAGGUAAACCUAUGACAACGAUUUUAAUUAUUGACACCUGAAUGGUUUGAUACGAGUGUGAAGUCAUGCUUUUAUUCUAAUCUUGAUAAUAGUGUUCAUUUGCCUUAAGAUCAACUGGACAUGUUGCUUCACUAAAUCCUUAAAUGGAUAAUACAUUUAAAAAUAUCACGACGCGACAUUUCCAGGCUUUCAACGCAUUUCUCUUCAUAACAAGAUCAGAUGACGGUCCUAAUUGAAGUGUGACGUCAGCGCGUUCCCUCCUCCAAGCCACUCGCUUGUUUUGUGCAUUCAUAUCUGUGAUUUAUGGUUUUUUGGCAAGCUACCAGUCAGUCAGUCCACCGGUGAGAUGUCCAAGCCCGAGCGGCGAGGCGUGAGAAAAGACCGAAACCGAACCAAAGGAGGAAUGAAAGACGUUCCUUGUUGGCCCGUGUUGCUCUGACCCGGCCCACACUUCGCACGUGAAAUAUAGAAAGAAAACGAAAAGGUGUGGGGACGUAGACGGAGAACCGUUGUUUGUGAGUGGAAAAUACAGUGCAAAAAUGUGUCUUUAGGGAAGUAUCGUUACUGGAGUGCUGUUGUGAGUUGGAUCCGUUAGAGGUAUUCAAAGAUUGUAUAUCCUAUUUAUUGUACAUGUGUGCAUACGGAAUGGUGUUUUCUAGAUCCACAAGUAAGUCGGUGUUGAUGCCGGGGGGGGGGGGGGGGGUCAAGAGUCCCGAGGUGAAACCUGUUCUCCACAUGGCCUGAGGGUCCUGUCGGUGUGUGUGUCGUAGCCUUGUGCACUGAACUCUCCCUCUGCAUAGUUGACCUUUGCCCUUCAUUUCUCUUCCUCUCUUUGAUGACAAUGGUUGUCUUUUCACACAUUCGGCUUUAAAAAUGACGUCUUUCUGCUGUAGCUGGGACUUUUUUUGUUCUCCAUUGAUAUUAAUAUUUUCAACAUGUGUCGUAUUCCGUUAUGUUUGUUAUCGUCAAUGUAUUAUUUUCUUUUGGGAGAGUCAGCCAUUACGUUUCUUUUGCCAAACUCCGAUCUCCCACUGUCCUGUCCACUAUGAUUUUAAGAAACUGCUCCCAAUUCUUCUCCUCUGAAGCGAUGUUUAGAAAAACCUGUGCAAGAAUUAAACUUUAAAACCUUGCAAUAAA